GCGCCACUCGCAUGCGCAGUGAGCACUGGGCUGGGCGCGGCGGAUGUUCCAACAUGGGAACGCCACAAAAAGAUGUUGCAAUAAAAAAUGAUGCACCAACUACAUUGUUGUUAGAGAAGCAUGUGGACUACAUAGCUGCUUAUGGAACAAAGAAAGAUGAUUACGAAUACUGCAUGUCAGAAUAUUUAAGAAUGAGUGGUAUCUAUUGGGGAUUGGCGGUAAUGGAUCUUAUGGGACAGCUGCAUCGAAUGAACAAAGAAGAAAUUCUGGCGUUUAUCAAAUCAUGUCAACAUGAAUGUGGUGGAAUAAGUGCCAGCAUAGGUCAUGACCCUCACCUUCUAUAUACACUUAGUGCUGUCCAGAUUCUAACUCUGUAUGACAAUCUACAUGUUGUAGAUAUAAAUAAAAUCGUUGAUUAUGUAAAGAGUCUGCAAAAGGAAGAUGGUUCAUUUGCUGGAGACAAAUGGGGAGAAAUAGAUACAAGAUUUUCAUUUUGUGCAGUAGCAACACUAGCCCUUCUGGGUAAACUGGAUUCAAUUGAUGUGGACAAAGCAGUAGAAUUUGUUUUGUCUUGCAUGAACUUUGAUGGAGGAUUUGGUUGUAGACCAGGAUCUGAAUCUCAUGCAGGACAGAUCUAUUGUUGCACAGGAUUUUUGGCCAUAACUGGCCAAUUGCACCAAAUAAAUGCUGACCUGCUAGGUUGGUGGCUUUGUGAACGGCAGUUGCCAUCUGGUGGUCUCAAUGGAAGGCCUGAGAAGUUACCAGAUGUAUGCUAUUCAUGGUGGGUGUUGGCAUCUCUGAAAAUAAUUGGUAGGCUGCACUGGAUUGACAGACAGAAAUUACGCAGCUUUAUCUUGGCUUGUCAGGAUGAAGAGACUGGAGGAUUUGCUGAUAGGCCAGGAGAUAUGGUGGAUCCAUUUCACACCUUGUUUGGAAUUGCUGGACUGUCAUUGCUGGGAGAAGAACAAAUUAAGCCCGUGAAUCCUGUGUUCUGUAUGCCUGAUGAAGUCCUUCACAGAAUAAAUGUACAGCCUGAACUUGUGAGCUAGGUUUUAACAUUGCAUAGUGUUGCCAUACUCAGCUGCUUUGAAUUUUUCCAUCAAAAGACAUUUUAAAAUGUUUACAUUACAAAUUACCACUUUACUGUAAGAGCUGUCAUCUUAUACGUGGACUGUAUUCAAAAUUAAUAAAUUGAGUAUUACAUGUGCUUGAGGUUCUCCAUAACAGAUGUAGCUAUACAUUUGUCUUUAAAUAUGUUUGCCUUGGGACUCUGUUCCAGUCCUGUUAAAUCAAAAUAACAUACUGUUUUAGGCACAGUAGAUAAAUACUUGAAUUAUGUGACUUUAUAUUUAUUAAACAAUCAUUCACCCAUCUUGAAGAUAGCAUGUAUUGGACAGUGAAUCAACACGAAAACCGUUUCUAUUAAGAAAUUUUCCUGCAUAUGCCAGUGACACUUUAUGCACUUAAGUUCCUGUUUAGGAUCUGCCAUAGUUUUUUAUCCAAUUUGAAUCACAUUGUUUUGUCCUACAUUUUGUGGUACUCAAACUAUUGCUUUUUACCAGUAGCAUCCUUUAAUGAAGUUUGCUAAUGCAUAGUGCAACUUGAUAUAAACUGAUGCCCUUGCUGACUUUUAGAAUUUGCUCUAAAAUAUUUAUUGCAACUGUGUUUGACUCCCACUUUUCAGUAGCAUUUAGAACAUUUGUGUGUAUAUAGCCCAGGCUGAAGCUAUAAGAAUAUUGUUUUCCACUGGAAUUCUAGAAGUGCCUCCAUUUCACAUUUGUCACAGUUGAGCAUUGUAACUUGGCUGAAACCUGUAUAAAGUGGGAUUCUGCUUGAAAAAUAAAGCUAAUUAUCAAGUAAAUGGUUUAAGACUUAAAAUUAUUGUGGUUAGAAAUCUGCAGCUUUUUUUCUCAUGAAUCUACUGAGAAGUUAAACAUUUCUGUGGAUUACAAGAAAAUGAUUUCUAAUUAUGAGGCGUAUUGCAUUAAAUUUUUAUUUACUUUUCGUAAGAGGUGUUUUGAUUAGUUGUUUGAAUACUGUUUUCUCUCUUAACCAGCCAUUAUCUUUGGAUAUUUGAUCUUUCCAUUUAGACACAAUUUGAUAAUACAUCAGCCAUGAAUUGUUUUUUCCUUGUGCUUGAAUUUCUUGCCAUCUUCAUUUUUCCUUAUUUAAAAAUUGUAUAAAAUGGAUGCAAAACUUUGGAGAAAAUAUAUGUAUGAGCCAGUGGGAAAGUUUAUGGACUAAAGAGAUCAAAUUUACAGAAGGUCAAAAUUAAGAAAGAAUUGGUAUAAAUUAAAAUGUUCUUCAGAUGGUGUAUUACUCCUAAGGACACUGCAAAAACUAAUAAGGAUUAAAGUGCAGAGCGCUGGAAAUGUCAAAAUACAGAUGCAACAUUGUAUCAUAUGUGGUGGAUAUACAAGAAAGCGAGAAAAUAAUGGAUAGAAAUACACGAAGAAAUGCAAAUGAUAUUAAAGUUUCACUUUGUGUUGAAUCCUAAAAAUAUUAAAUAUCUUACCAAGUAACAUUAUUUUAAAAAGAAAACUAUUUAUAUGGUGAAAGCAGCAAGGGUAGUAUAUGCAGCAAAAUGGAAGGCAGAAUGCUGUCCAGAUUUGACAAAGGAUGCAUAAGCUAUAAGAAUAUGCAUCAAUGGCAAAAUUAACAUAUACAUAAUAGGCCAAUUUUAGAAUUUCAGGAAAAGUGGAAAGCUAUUUUUGAUCAUGUAGCUGAAAACUAAGAACAACUAUUAGUAAAAUAAUUAGUUAUGAAAUUUGUAAUUUAAAUGUUGGAUAUAAAUGUAUCCUAAUACAAGUAAGUAUCAUUGUAAAGUGGUUGGAUGAAAUAUUUUGCAUUUUAUAUAUUUGGUUAUAUAUUUACACAAUUAUGUUAUAUAAUCCCUGCAUUUCCUCUUACUAUUAUUUU